CAGUGUCUCUUUAAAAAAAAUUGAAGUUUCUUGUUGUAUUCUGGAAUGAGGUCAGACACGAGGCUCCUCAUUGCACGCGCUGAUUAUUAUUAGAUUCCAUUUUCGGCCAAUCAGAGCCGAGGGGGCGUGAGUUUGGCACAGAAGCAGCGUAGCGACAGCGUCUGAUUGGUUGAUUUUUAUCGCCGUUGUAUCUCAGAGAAGGGAUAAAUGCAAGCAAGGGUGGCCGGGACUGGAGGGAUGAAACUCGACUGCAGGUCUGCAGAUGGAAGGCAGACAGUGUAACUCGCUCUAGGUUUCUUUUUUUUCUCCUCCCCAGCAUGCAUGGCUUUUGUUUCUAGCAGAGGGGACAGGGCUGAUGCAGAGAAAAGCACUCAUCUUACACACUGUACUUGGGAGCCCGUUGUAAGUGCCCGAGUGCACAGUGUGGCACUCAGUCUGCGCUCUGCAGUUGCAUAGACUAUGUUCAGUCACCACACGGCUGAAUUGAUUUUAUAACACGAGGAAGAGACUGAGAGAGACAGAUAACAGGGUACUGAGUGGAGAGUGGGCUGUAGGUGCUGUUUUAACAUCUACAGAAACUGGAAAUUAAACUUUUUUUUCUUCUUGUUUUUUUUUUUUUUUUUUUUUUUUUUUUACACAUCUAGCCUUUUUAAGGCUGCACUGGACUGAACUGUUUGCUGCACAUCUCAGGAGUGAAUUAAUUCUUGCGCUUUUUUUGUACUCAGCUGCGAAGAGGGGGAGAAAAGAGCUGAGUGUGCUUUAAAGUGAAUCGGAGGACCGAGGAGAGAGGGAGAGAGAGAAAGAGCAAGUACACCGCUCUCCCUCUGUGUGUAUAACUGGGCAGCAUGGUGCAGAAAAUGAGCCACACAGAGAGCACCGCCGAGGCGCUUUCCUUUUUCGCCGGGGACUCGAGCUCCGACUCCGGGGCGUGCAUGGACCUGGACCCGGCCGCCUCGCCUCUCUCCCCGGGCUCUACAGCUUCUUCCACCGCCGGGGACAAGCUGGGAGACAACCCGGCUUGGUGUAAAACUCCCAGUGGCCACAUCAAGAGACCCAUGAACGCGUUUAUGGUAUGGUCACAGAUCGAGAGGAGGAAGAUCAUGGAGCAGUCUCCGGACAUGCACAACCCCGAGAUCUCCAAGAGGCUGGGAAGCGGUGCGAAAGCUGCUCAGUAGACAGCGACAGGAUAUCCCUUCAUCAAGCGGCCGGCAGCGGCUCAGGUCUCAAAGCACAUGGCGGACUAUCCCGACUACAAGUACCCGAGGAAGAAGGUCAAAUCGAGCGCCUCAAAGCCCUGGCAGCAGCCGGAGCACAAGGGUGGAGCAAACUCAACAGUAAGCUCUAAAAACAGAUAAAGACAUUCAUCCAUCGAGAACGAAACGAUCCAACAUCACCCAGCAGCAGCAGAACCCCACAAAUACCACCUUUUUCGGAGCACAGCAGCCAAGCAAAGCACCACACCAACUCCUCUCUACAAGUCCAAAAUCCUGUCUCCUCAGCAGCCCAAGCAGAUACCGGGAUGGUCAAUGAAGCCAAAGCGGGUGUACGUCUUCCCCGGAGCAGCCGCGGCCAGCCUGAGCGUCAGCCCGCGUCUCCGUGGUGGUCCGCCAGCCCGCACGCUCACGCACGCUCCGGCGGACUCCACGACCCGCUUCAAGCCUUGUAACGAAAGACGCGGCCAAGCGGCAGGGAGGGAGGGCGCCCGAGUCCAGCAGCAGCGGCGCGGCAGCUGGGCGCGGGGUCUUCGGGGCCGCCACGGCGGCACACGUACAGCCAGUCGCGGCCUUCCGUCUCUACUCUCCGCUUCACUUCUCCGUCGUCCACUCUCUCUCCUCUCCUGCCCCUCCUCGGAGGACGAAGAGUUCGAAGACGACUUGCUCGAUAUCAACGCGAGCCCCGGCUUCGAUAGCAUGUCGCUGGGGAGCUUUGGUUCCUCGGUGCUGGACAGGGACUUGGAUUUGAACUUUGAGUCCGGCUCUGGGGGCUCCCACUUCGAGUUCCCCGACUACUGCACGCCCGAAGUCAGCGAGAUGAUCUCCGGGGACUGGCUGGAGUCCACCAUCUCCAACCUGGUGUUCACGUACUGAGUGAGCCAAAAAACAAAAGGAAACAAAAAAUAAACGACAGGUAGGCCUAAAGUCCUCCCAGCAAAACAUGACCACAAAACACAACCAGGAGCUCCUGGUGCAGUGGGCUUGAUAGUUUGUGUUCACCAGACUACUAAACCCCACUGAAACUAGCCCCCGUCCCUUCACGUCCUUUGUAGGCAAGAGCUGCAAGUCGUUGGAAAGUUAAACUUUAAAGCGAAUAAGUUGCUUUUUGUACUUUUCUUCGGAUGCGUGGACCGGAGGGGGGACUUGGUUCGACCACAGAAGUGGAGGGAGUGCAACCCAGAGAGAGAGAGAGGGGAGAGGGGGGAGAGACGGAGAGACUGACUGAGGUUCCUGAUAGUGAAACGCUCAGUCACCGAACUGUUUUUGAACUGAACAACUUAACUGUGAUUGAUUUGCACGUUACGCGGUCCGCCGUUCACUUAAUCAAUGUUGUUGCUGAUUUAAAAAAAAGAAGAAGAAAAAAAAAAGAAAAAAGGGACAUUUCACAACUUUUUACCAAUCGCCAAGUGAACUUCACCACUAAAAAGGUACAGAACGGGACUGUCGUGCGACAUUUUUUUUAUUGUGGUGUGUCACCGAGAGGGAUUUUUAAUGAAACCGAGGUGGGUUGAUGUUUUUUAAAAGUCGAAAUAUUUUCUCAAAAGCAAAAAACAUGUUAAGCAUGAUAGCCUACUUGUUCCUAUCUUGUGCUGAGAUUUUCUGUGAGACUGUCGAGCAGUUUAAAAACUAGUAUUAGGGUUAUUUAAAUGAUAGGUGGCGCUCGCUUUCGGUUCUUCUCUUCUUUUUUUUUUUUUUUUUU